CGUAUUCCCUCUUCAUUCAUUCAGUCUCAUGUACGUUUCAGCAGCACGUUCUCUUCGUGCUGCGCGCACUGUUUUAUUACACCGUACUGAAAAACGUUCAAGAACAGAAACAAGAUUUGGAGCCAAUGCGCGCUUAAACAACUCCUCAGUAGUUGGUACGAUUUCCAGUCUUUCUUCAUCUUCUGGUAACGGGCUUUCUUCACCUUGGAAAAGUUGUAUAGACGCCACUCAGUUUGCUCCUGGUUCUUGUAUUAUUUCCAAUUCCCAUACCUCUUGGCCUUCUAGUUCCGUCUAUGUCAGUAAUUCGAACACAACUAAAGACAGUGAGGAACUGGGUCCCUUGACUGAAACUACUGGCAAAUGGAGAGUUGCGCUAGCUCUCGCUGACUCAGAAAAUUCAGGUCGAGGUAGGAUAUUUUGUUCAGAAGGCUCGUUGUUUUUGUGUCGCCGUUUUUCUAUUGAUACACGGCUGAAUGGUAAAGAUUAUGAAGACCUUUUAGACUCAAGGGAAAUGGCUCACGGUGAAGCUCAACCAAACACCGGAACAGUUGCCAAUUCGUUGCCGGAAGAGUUUGUUGAUGGAGUCCAUUCUACGGAGUUUUCGACAGAUAUGACAAAGAAUAUUUUCGACUCAAAGGAGAAUACUUUAAGAUUUUCUUCUCCUUUAUCCGGUGACUCUCUCUGGGGUAGUGGUGAAUUUCGGGUUGCUAUAAGCAAUAGGGAAAACAAUUGGUUACCAGAGAGCUUUCUUUCGGAGAGUCAUAUCGAUUAUUCUUUACAGGAGCUGCAGGAUGUCACAGAUGGAGACGAGAUUGUAUCCCGAUGUGUUGAUUCGAUUGUCAAUGAAACAACUACAGGAACAACAGAACAAGAUAGUCAUCACUUGUUGAAUAUGGACAAUUCUCGUUUGGAGAUGAGUGUUGAUUUUGAUGAAAAUGCAAACUCUGCAAAUCGAUUCAGAACGAAGCACUCCGCUGAAUAUUUAAAUCAACAGCGUGAAAUUCGAGAUACUAUUAAACAAGAAUUGCUGCAAGGUAUUGAGCAAGCUAAUGCCAAAGAAGAACUGGAUAGCAUGUUUAAGAUUUGGGAAGAAAGCUUUAACGUUAUUUCUGAUGUAGUAGAAGAACAAAAGAAUAGUAUUGAAACUACGGAGAACCAUUCUAAUUCGGCUCAACUUUUUCAGAGUUCAGUUCUCAAGUUGGAUAAGCAUGUCAGUCCACGUUCUUGGCUAUAUGACAUUGUGUUGCUUGAAUGUUUUAACAGAGAAAAGAUGGACCUUGUAGAACAUAUUCUUUAUUGCAUGUUUUGUGCAGGAGUAACGAUAAGACCUCGAUGGUUCUCGCAGUUGAUCAAUUUGUAUAGUAAACGAGGACAACUUGGCAGUGCUUUUGGUGUUUUAGAUUCUAUGUCUUUAUGGGGUGUGUUUCCUGAUAGUUAUGUUUAUAGUUCUCUUUUACAGGCAUGUGUUCGUAGCAAUCGCUUUGACCUUGCUCUCAAGGUGUAUGAACAUUUGCAGCAAGAAGGUUAUGUUAUGGAUGCUCAUAUGUACAACACUUUGGUAAAUGGAGCUGGUUCUUUAGGGGAUCUCGAAACCGCAGAAAGGCUAGUUAGACAAGCCCAAGAGUAUAAUGUUGGUCUGGAUACGGCUUUAUGUAAUACUUUUUUGGUUUCUUGUGCAAAGCAUCACGAUAUAUCUCGUGCAGAACAUUUGUUUUUAGAAAUGAGUAAUGGAAAUAUGGGCUCUUUGGCAUUACCGAAUGGAAAGACUUACAAUAUCUUGAUCAACCUGUAUUGCAAAAUGAAUCCACCACAAGUGGAACGUGCCCUUGAAAUGGUUGAACGACAGAGAAUGUAUGGAUUUUCUCCAGACGAGUCGACAUUUUGUCCUAUCAUUGAUGCAUAUUUUCGAGUGAAUGAUCCUUUCAAGGCAAUUGAGCUAUUUAAGAAACUCAGAACAGAGGGUUCUCCAAAACUCAGUCGAGUAACUUACGACACUGUGAUCAACGGAUUGGGUCGUUCAGGAUACCUGGAUGAUGCUUUUGAAGUAUUUCGCAUAAGAGCCUCAGAGACAUCCUUGGAGAGUUUGGAUGAUACAACAUAUAACAACUUACUCAAUGCCUUUGUAGAAAAUAAUCGUUUAGAUGAAGCAGAACGUUUCUUUCAAGAGUCCUUAGCUUCAGGAUUUCAGCCUUCUACUGCCACGUACAAUAUUCGCCUUAAAGCUUUAUUGUCUCAGGGUCACUUAAUGCAAGGAUUUAAACUUGUGGAAGAAAUGGUUUCUCGUGGCAUUCAACCUAAUUUGAUAACUUUCAAUACACUUUUGGAUAUUGCGUUACGAGGUCAACAUUAUGUUUAUAUUGAUAGCAUUGUAAAUGCCAUUCGUAAGAGUAAUGUGAGACCCGAUAUUUAUACUUUCAAUCUAAGGUUACAAGCAGCUUAUCGUUUGGGUGUCUUUAUGAAAGCUGAAGAGAUAUAUUCCGAAAUGAUAGCGUCGAAUAUACGUCCUGAUGUAUAUACUUAUGUCUAUUUGAUGGCAUGUGCAGGAAGAAGAAACGAUACUGUGCAAGGUGUAAAAUAUUUGAAGGAAGCUGUAAAGAAAGGAAGACAACCCAAGGGACCUAUAGCUUAUAGACCAUUAUUACAUGCUGCUAUGAGAAACGGUAGUAUUGAAGAUGUGAUUACCAUCGUGAACGCAAUGAAAGCCGUAUCUUUGUAUUUAGAUGAAAAACUGCAGAGCCGCUUCAUUUCUUGGUGUAGAAACAACAAUGUGGACCCAAACUUGUAUGUGAAUCAACCAUCUUUAUAGAAUAUAUUUUUUAUUUUGAUU